AUGAGUGAAAAAAAUAUUAAGGACAGGAUUGAUCAAUUGAAUCACGAAUUGUUGUCAAUUCUAUCAGAUCAAAAUUCGCUGCAAUUGGCUAUUAAGAAUGAUAAAAAUUAUAACCAAGUGUUUGGCCCUACCGUUGAUAAUACACCCUCAAUCACCUCCCCUGAAGAUUUGGAUAGAUUGAAAAACCAGGAUUCUGAAUAUAUUGCAGAAAUUGAUCAAUUACUCCUAUUGAAAACCAUCAAUCAGUCAUUGAAUGAAUUUCAAACAAAUUUAAAAUUAAGUGAAUUUGAAAAUUGUUAUUACACAUUAAAAAAUUUGGUCAAUCAAUUUAAUAAAUUAUUAAAUUUGGCGGAAACCAAUAGUUAUCAAAUUAAACCCACUUUGCCCAAAUCCAUUUCUAAUAAAAUUGACUCAUUACAUCUAGACUUUUUAACCUUGUUGGAAAAUAUGUACAAUAGAUUAAUUGUAAUUCGUGACGUGGACGCCAAUACUAAAGUGUUAAAUAUUAACCGCAGUAUUGGAAAUAAUGAAUUACAUUUAAAAGAAUUAAAUGAAUUUAUGGUCAAAACUUUAUUAGAAUCGCAAGAAAGUAUUGCCACCAAGAAUCCAAUCGCGUACAAUGGUCCUGAUUCCACUUUAAAAAUUUGGUUUAUUACUUCAAUUACAGAAACUUCGAAGGUUGAAGAAUGCUUAAAAAGAUUGGACCAUUUAAUAACUACCUAUUUACAACUUUCACCCAUUCUAAACAAAUUUGUUAAAUGUUUUUUAUUUAGUUCCAAAAUUCAAGUUGAGCUAACUACUACCGGUGACGAACGUCUUGAUUUAAAACUGAUCGAGUCUGCUGAAAACUUGAGUCUUCAAGAUUAUUUAACCAGCUUUAUUAAUAUGGUUCAAUUUGUUGAUUCACUAAUUGGGUGGGAUAGUAAAUUAAUGGCUUUUUUCGAACCGGUUUCUACACUUUUCCAGAAGGAAUUGGAAAAAUUCAUAAAACUCAAUAUUAAAGAAAUAUUAAAAGUUGGAAAUGAUGCCGAACAUCAUAAUGCACUUUUAUUAAACUUGCAAAAACUACUCUCACAAGAGGAGGGGAAAAAAUCUUCAAUAUUAACACUUUGUGGUAAUUCGAAAACUAACCUAAGUUUAUUGUUAAAAGAUGAAAAAGUGUAUAAACAAGUUAUAUUGGAUCAACUUAUUCAGCAGAAAUUUGAAGAACUUAGAAGUUUUUUCGAUAAAGCUGACGAUAACAUAAUCAAUGAGAAAACACUGAUCGAAAUUUCUUAUGAAAUAGAAAGAAACGUCACAGGGGACAAGACUAGCGGUAAUGUCAGCUCCAUAGAUAAUAAACAUAUAGGGAGAGGACAUGCUAAUAAAAAUGUGGAAGAUCAAAACAACCUUGAGGAGGACGAUUGGGGUUCUGCGUGGGAUGAUGAACUGAAUUUAGAUGAUAUAGAGGAGAGAAAAAGCACCAAUGAGAUUAAUGUUAAUAGUAAUAAUGAUACAGGUAAUCUUAAAGACACCGAAGAUGAUAGUGAAGAUGGCUGGGGAUCUGAAGUGGACCUAAACUUUAAUGACGAAGAGGAAGAGGUUGGUGAUAUCACUAUCACUAAAAAUAACGAUGGUGCCAAUAAGACAUACGUCACUGUGACUGAUGCGUUUGAAGUUACAAAUAUUCCGAAACAUUUUAUAAGAGUUUGGGAUUCUAUGAAUAGCGAUUUAUUAAAGGAGAACUUUAUAUCCUCAUCAGAUGAAAAUAACAACACCGUAGAUAUCUAUGGUGUUAAUUACAAAUUAAGUCUAUUACAAACUUCUUUUUUUGCUAUUUGUAAUUUACAGUAUAACGAUGGUAACAAUUGGGUACAAUUUAUUAAUGAUAUGGAAUAUAUUUUAUAUUAUUUACGAAAAAAGUGUAAUAUAACUCAGUUGGAGGACUUAGUUAGCAUGUCAUUAGAAUCGAAAAUCAAAAUCAUUGAGAAAAAGAUCAAAGAGUAUAUUGAUGAACAAUUGCUUAUCAUACGACAUGAUGAGACAGAACCGGAUUGGACUACUACCAUUGAAAAAUUAUUACCAUACAUUCAUACAAUAAUUGAUGGUAAAUUACUGAAAUUGGGGAAUAAAGCCCAAAGGGGUAAAAUUUACUAUGAGAUUUUAUAUUUUAUUUUUAAUACGUGUAUUACAAAACAAAUACUAGGCUGGGAUGCGAUCAGUGAGAAAUCUUCUGAAAAUUUAUCGGAAUUUAUUUCGUUGAUAUUAAAUGGUACAAAUAAUUUUAUUGCCAACAAUAUGGGGGUUAAACUUGAGGAAUUGAAAUUAAAGUUUAAAAUGGUUGGUCAAUUAUUAGUUGCUCGAUUAAAGGAUAUAAUGGAUAAUUUUUAUAAUGGAGAUUUUUAUUUAUUUGAAACAGAUGAAUUGAUUACUUGGGUUGUAUUGUUAUUUGCUGACACUGACAUGAGGAAAGAUUGCAUUGAUGAAAUUCGUACUUUAAGAGGAGAAUUUUGA